CUGCACAGCUGGCUUUACGUGUGUGUAUGUGUAUGUGCGCAGCCACAGGAACGUGUGGGGACGGGAUGGGAGCCUGAGUUUGAGACAAGGCAUAGGGAUGCUUUGGGGUUUUCCUCUCUUCCUCUUGAAACAGCUGAGAUCUUCACAAAAGAGGUAUUAUGCAAAAAAAAUUACAGAGAAACGGGGCUCUGUUGUUCUCUUCUGUGCCCCACAUCUAAGUUCCUGAAAUUUCAACGAUCCUGACCACAGACAUUACAGCGCUGGAUCUUCUCUGGUUAGGCCAAUGCAGUUCAUGCCACGUUCGUGCUUUGUUCAUCAUUCGGCCUGCCCUGGGCUGUCAAUGGCUUCUGUGUGAGAGUCAUCAGCUACUCUGCAGGAGUGUAGAAGAGCACCUCCCUCCUUCUACCUUCCCGCUGCCGACAGCAGGGUUACUGACUGCAGUCUGUCUCGUUCAGUAAGCACUUGGAGACUACUAAAGCGUACUGGUACUUGACACUGAGAGGAAGGGCAUUUGCUUCACAGGGACUGCAAGCAUGUGGGUGGAAGAAGUAAACAGUCAGUGGAGGUGGUGAGGGGGCAUCCGUCUUCUAUGAGAGAUGUAAAAUAUCUUUCAAUCCUCUACAUACAACGUUCUGCUUCUGGAUUCAGCCUGCUUUCUUAAAAAUGGCACCAACAGCACAGAGAGAUCUCAAGGGGUUACUAUGAACAAGUGCUAUGAGAAACCACCAAUCUUCCGAAACGCAAGUAUGUCUUUAUUUUGAAAGUUGUUCUUUGAAAUAAUUAAAGAGAGCUCUAUAUCUUAUGAAAGGUUUAUUAUUAACUGUUAUGUUAUCUGUAAUUACUAUCAGUACCUUCUAAUGUAGGAUAUCAGUACCUUCAUUUGGAUCUUCAAGGUUUCCACUGUUUGUUUUUUGUCCUGGAGAAAACCUUGGGUUAACGAUAUGCCAUUUCAGAAGAUGUAUUUCUAGAAGUUCAAGUUUCCAGUCCACCAGUCUGGGAUCGAGGCUGUGUCAAGAUCAUGAAAUUCUUAGUGUUAGUCGCCUUUGUUGGUGUGGCUGUUGCCUUCCCCAUCAGUGAUGAGGAUGAUGACAAGAUUGUGGGAGGCUACAGCUGUGCAAGGAGUGCCGCACCCUACCAGGUGUCUCUGAAUUCUGGAUGUCACUUCUGUGGAGGCUCUCUCAUCAGCAGCCAAUGGGUGCUGUCAGCUGCUCACUGCUACAAGUCUUCCAUUCAAGUGAAGCUUGGGGAAUACAACCUGGCAGCCCAAGACGGCAGCGAGCAGACCAUUAGUUCAUCUAAAGUCAUCCGUCACUCUGGCUACAAUGCCAACACACUGAACAAUGAUAUCAUGCUCAUCAAGCUUUCCAAAGCAGCCACACUCAACUCCUACGUCAACACAGUUCCUCUGCCUACCAGCUGUGUGACCGCUGGAACAACGUGCCUGAUCUCUGGAUGGGGCAACACACUCAGCAGCGGCUCUCUGUAUCCAGAUGUCCUGCAGUGCCUGAAUGCCCCUGUACUCUCCUCAAGCCAGUGCAGCAGGGCUUACCCUGGUAGAAUUACCAGUAACAUGAUAUGUAUAGGAUACCUGAAUGGAGGAAAAGACUCCUGCCAGGGGGAUUCCGGUGGUCCAGUCGUCUGCAAUGGUCAGCUUCAGGGUAUUGUUUCCUGGGGCUUUGGAUGUGCACAAAAAGGUUAUCCUGGUGUUUACACUAAGGUUUGCAAUUAUGUUUCCUGGAUUAAAACGACUAUGUCUUCCAACUGAGACACUCAUUUUACGUGACCUGCUUUUCCUCCUCCUCAUUUCCUUCUGCUUUGGAAUUGGAUGUACACACCUUCACAAAAAAUAAACAUUUUCAGGCAGCCCUUCUUUGUGCAGUUCCU